AUGUCUGUUAUAUUGAAUGAAAAUAUAGCAAACAAUGUUAGUUUUAAAGAACUGAGCGAACAAGGUGUAACAAGUGAACAACUUCUUAAUUGGUCAGCACCUAUCGAUCUUGUUGAACGGUAUGAAAUGAAUAAUCGAAGUUUAGAAUUAUUCUAUAACUGUUCAUCGCCAUGGUUUGGCUCGAAAUGUCAAUAUCGAUUUGUCUACAAUUCAACUCUGUCAUUUAAUGAAAUUGUUAAAGCGUCUGUAGAUAGUCGUUCAGACAUUAUCCUUAACGUCAGUGUUACCACAUGUUAUCGCUUUUUAUCUAAUUGUGAUCGUGGACCAUGGUCUUUGUGUCUCGACUGGCGGCAAAUAUGUAAUGGCAAAGUUGAUUGUAUGAAUGGUGAAGACGAACAAUGGUGUGAAAUAUUAGAGAUGACAACAUGUACUGAUGAUGAAUAUCGAUGUCAUUAUGGUGGUCAGUGUAUACCAAUGACAUUUGCACAAGACGGAUACUCAACUACUGACUGUCUCGAUGGUAGUGAAGAAAGAGAAUUUCGGUCUCCAUAUUCGAGUUUGACAAAUUCUUUUUGUGGUUCAGUUAUUUCAUUUCAAUGUGAAGAGCGUAUUAAUCGAUAUCCUCUUUCGUUUCCAUGUGGUGAUGGUCAAUUUUUAUCAGAGACUGAUUUGCCAGUUAAUGUGAUGCGUUGUUUCAACUGGAGAAAUAGAGAAGUGACUUUAGCCAUGCUUACUUCGUUUGAUCACAUUAAAGAUAUUAAAUGUCGGCAAGCUUUUCGUUGUUCACUGCUUUCCAAUCGAAGUUAUAAUGUCAAACAGCAGAGUGGCGUACUUUCAUCACGUGAUUAUUUUGAAGUUACUUGGGAUACAAAUUGUCAACUUCUUGCCAAUUAUUGUUUAGAUGAAUGGCUAAUUCUACCUCAAUAUCCUAUUAUGUAUGGAUAUUUUCAAUUUGUCUAUUUGACUAAUCGAUCAAUUAAUGAAUUUAAAAUUAAUGUCGCACCUGAUUUUGUAUGUUUUGAUGCAGAGAAAUGUCCUGUAUUAUUAUCUAGAAUAGUUCCAAUUGAAAUAAUCAAUGGUCUUAUAUGUUGCCGCACUUUUGAUCUAAUAAAAGAAGAUAUGAUGGAACAUUUUGAUAUGUUGAAUAGGAAAUUCUUGCACCUCUUUCGUGAAUGCUCAACUACCGGCAAUGAAACGUCAUGUGCAAAUUCAUCUUAUUUUCAUUGUAAUGAAUCAUUAAAAUGUAUUUCAUAUAACCGUGUUGGUGAUGGAUUCAAAGAUUGUUAUUAUAAUGAAGAUGAAUCAUUUCCUACAUGUCAUCUGAAUGUCUCAAAUCGAUUUAUGUGUACAUCAGAUCCAACCAAAUGCUUGUUACCUGUAGCAAUUGGGAAUGCACUCUAUGAUUGUUCACAAGGAGAGGAUGAGGCAAAUGAGAAUAUAUAUAGCAUCAAGCGACAACUACCAUUUCCAUUUAUAUGUGACGCAGAUACAAAGUUUUCAGAAGCAGAUGGACAUGAAACUGAUGAAACAAAUUGUGAAUGGUGGCCAUGUCAUAAUGCAUACUCUCAUUGUGAUACAUAUUGGGAUUGUCUUAAUGGUAUCGAUGAACUUAAUUGUCCAAAUAUGAAUUGCUCAUUGAACGAGUUUCAAUGCAGAAAUAACGAUUUGAAUUUGACUUAUUUUUUACCAUCAGUUCAUAUGUUUCAUCAGCGAAGAGAUUAUUGUAUGGAGAAUGAAUUUAUUCAAGAACUCUAUUUUGACAAUGGAACAGGUAAUAUUAGCAAAUCUUACUAUUCAUUUAACAAAUCCAAAUGUAUCACUGAAGACAACAUUUGUAAUCAUCAUUCAAAAACAGUAAAUAUACAAGAAGAUGUAUGCCUUAAAAAUCAAAUACUCAAAUUAUCGGUCAGUGCAAUUAGUAGAGUACAGAAACUCGACAAUGAUAAUACAUACUUAUGCACUCUUCAAAAUGUCAAGAACACAGUCACGGAUCUUAUCAGUCGCUACUUGACUCCUUCACGACUUGGCUAUUUCCCAUCAACAACAUCUAAAACUUCUGUUCAAAAGUUUUUCGACAAAUCUAAACACAAAAAUAAUAUACCUAAGAUGGAUAUUGGACUCGCUUGGUAUUGUCAUUAUGGUAUUCUCACUUUAUUCAAGGGUAUUAAUCAAACAAAAACAUGUCUUUGUCCACCAAAUUAUUUUGGUUCUCAAUGUCAAUGGCAAAGUCAACGUAUUAGUUUGACUUUACAGUUUAGAACACAAACUAUUAUUUCUUCAACAGUUAUUUAUCAAUUAAUCAUCAUGCUCAUUGAUGAACAAGGAAACAUUGUACCCAAUUAUGAACAAAUAAUAUAUAUGCCAGCUCAUGAUUGUAAUACAAAGUUUAAUAUCUAUCUACUUUAUCCACAUCGUCCUAAACAUUUAUCAACAAAUUAUUCAAUUCGUAUUGAUCUUUUUGAUAAAUCAACAUUAGAUUAUUGGACAAGUUGGUAUUUGUUAAUUCCUUUUCAAUUUCUUCCUGUUAAUCGAAUAUCGACUCAGUUAAUUAUUCCUGAAGUACAAGAAAAUAAAUUAUGUAUACGAUCAUGUGGAGAACAUGGUCGAUGUAUGAAAUAUACAAAUAUGAAUAAUUCAGUUUUUUGUCGAUGUGAUCAAGGAUAUUCUGGUACUUUCUGUAAUAUUACAUAUCAAUGUCAAUGUUCAAAUGAUUCAUUCUGUCUUGCUCCAUCUAUUUGUGUAUGUCCUUUGAAUAAAUUUGGCUCACAUUGUUAUUUGAAAAGAUCGAUAUGUCAAUCAAUAAAUAAUCCAUGUCAACAUAAUGGACUUUGUAUACCAAUUGAUGAACAUAUUAAUUUAUAUGGAUUUAUCUGUAUUUGUAAAGAAGGUUAUCAAGGUAAACGAUGUCAAUAUAAAAGUAAUCAAAUUGAUAUUCGUAUAGAUGAGACAAUAUUAACAAUAAGUUCAUCAUUUAUUCUACAUUACAUAAUAGCAUUUGAUAAAUAUACAAGGCAUGAACGAAUAACUACAUUAAAAAAGAUUCCUUUCGGUUACAAUACUAUGACCAUUUAUAUAAAACAAUUAUUUAACAUUCUUUUCAUACAAAUACCUGAUGUAUCAUUAAAAAAUCGUUGUUAUCCAGUUCUUGAUCUUUUUAAUGAUACUUUUCGUCAAUAUAAAUAUCUACAUCGAGUAAAAUAUUAUCCAUUUUUAUGUCGUCAAAAUUUACAAUUGAUGUGCUUUUAUGAUGAAUACUAUAUGUGUAUAUGUGAUAGUGAUCGAUUUUCAAAUUGUUUCGAAUUUAAUCAUUCGAUGAAAUAUGAUUGUAAUGGAAAAAAUCUUUGUUAUAAUGAUGGUCGAUGUUUUAUCGACAAUGAAACUUGUCCAACAAUAUCUAUUUGUGUAUGUAAUGAUUGUUACUAUGGAAGACAAUGUCAAUUUUCAACAAAAGAUUUUAUUUUUUCACUUGAUCCAAUUCUUGGAUAUCAUAUUAAACCAAAUAUUUCAUUUGAUCGACAACCAUUUAUUAUCAAAUUUAGCAUUAUUAUUAUUACAAUUAUGUUGAUUUCUGAAUUAAUCAUGGGUUCAUUCUGUAUAACAACAUUUCAAUUGAAAAAAUCAAGAGAAGUUGGUUGUGGUUAUUAUCUUUUUAUAUCAUCAAUUAGUUCAAUGUGUAUGAUUAUUAUAUUAACAAUUAAAUUUUGGCAACUUGUUCUUUCACAAAUGUCAAUAAUAACUAAUAGAUCAAUACUCUUUAUUAAUUGUAUUUCAAUUGAAAUAAUUCUUAAAUCUUGUUUAGCAUCAAGUGAAUGGUUAAAUGCUUGUGUAGCUAUUGAAAGAAUGUUUAAUGUUAUUAAAGGUACGACAUUUAAUAAAAUAAAGAGUAAGAUAAUAGCUAAAUGUAUAACUUUUAUUAUUAUUAUUUUAAUCAUACUUACACAUAUUCAUGAUCCAUUUCAUCGAAAAUUUAUUAAUGAUUUAGAUGGAGAUCCACAACGAAUAUGGUGUUUAUCUCAAUAUUCAUCUACAAUAACUAAAUAUAAUACAUUUAUUACUCUUUUUCAUUUUCUUGUUCCUUUUUCAAUCAAUUUAAUAUCUGCUUUUGUAAUUAUUAUAGUAGCAGCACGUCGUCGUGUAAGGAUAGAAUCGAGACAAUCAUUUAUGCAACUUUUUCAAUUGAAACUUAAAAAAUAUAAACAGAUUAUAUUUGCACCUAUUAUUUUAUUAAUAUUAAGUUUACCACGUCUUAUUAUUUCAUUCAUAUUGGGAUGUAUGAGAUCACCAUAUUACUCUUGGUUAUAUUUGAUUGGUUAUUUUCUCUCCUUUAUACCAUCAAUGUUAACAUUGUUUGUGUUUAUUUUACCAUCACAAAUUUACAAAAGUGAAUUAAAUAGAACAAUGCAUCGAUGGAUUCGAUCAUUUCGUCGAUGA